GUUUCUCUCGUGAAAACUAUACCGUGAGGACUAGGGACAUGGCAGACGAACAUUAAACGCUGAUACCUUAACGUAAAGAAAAGAAGCAAACCAUAAAAGGACCAUCAUGUCAGACCCAACGUCUGAUGGCGAUGCAGACAAGUCAAUUGCAAAGUUCUCUAUAGAACCGAGCAAGAUACCAUGUUUUCGGCGUUCUUUUCUCACAGGGAUAGGAGGAGGAUUAGGGAUUGGAGUUGGAUCCUUCUUAAUAACAAGUAAUGUGAGACGAUCAACCAAUAUUGGUGUUGGAAGCUAUGCUCUAAUAACAAUGGGAACAUGGCUUUACUGUAGAUAUACAUUUGCCAAAGAGAAAAUCAGGCAGAGACAGAUAAAGAAAGUGAUCCAGAGUAGAAUUGCUUAUGAAGGAACAGAAGCAGAAAUUGUCAGCAACAUAAAAGAAUGAUAUAUAACAAAA